AUGGCAAUUCAUUUGCCAAUUGAAUUACAAGUUGCUUUGUUAAUCAUUAAUUAUGUACAUUAUAAUAUUAUUAAAUUUAUUGAUAAUUUUUAUUUAUUAAAAAAGACUAAAUCAAUCUCAAAUUCAAAUAUUAUGGUUUUUGCAUUGACUAAGAUAGCUUUGGAUAAUAAUGCAGAUCAGAAACCGGAUGGGAAUACCAGUAAUAACAAUAAUAAUAGUGAUAAUGAAAGUGUUGAUCCAGAAGUUAAAGAAUUGAUUAAAGGACGAGAAGUUUUAACAUUUGGACCCGACGCUUAUUGUGGAAAUAAUAAUCAUAAUGCUAAUGCUAUUCAUAAUCAUAAUUCAACAAAUUUCACAAAUAUUUCCUCAACCACAUCAAUUAUUGGUACAAAUGGUGGCGUUGGAGGAGUUGGAAUUGGGGGAGGAUUUAAUAAUUUACCACAUAAUCAAUCACCUUCACCUUUAACUACUCAUACAGUUUUAACGAAUUCAACAUCAAUUUCAGCAACAACACCAAUUUCAUUAUCAAUGAAGAAUAUUAAAAAAUUUAAAAACUUAUCUACAAACAAUUCGAAAUCACCAAAUAGAUUAAAAGAAAUUCAAUUACAAAUUUUAGAAUUGGCACAAUAUUGUGGUGAUUUAGAUUUAGGUACAAGUAAUAGAUAUGGUGAUGUCGACUCAACUUCAAUCAUAAUAUGUCUGAGCAGUGCAAAUACAAGUUCAAGAUCAAGUUAUAGAAGUAGUUUAAGAUCUAGCUUCAGAAACACUUCAUCAAGUUUUAGUAAUGGCACUGAUUCUCCAGCAAGUUUUAAAAAACCAAAUUUACAAAAGGAUUUAACAGUAGCUUCAGUUCCAGUAAAUUCGAUAGUUGCAUUAGCAAUAGCCCCAGUAGCCCCAGUAGCUCAAGUAGCUCCAGUAGCUCCGGCACCAGCACCAGCUCCACAGGUUGGUGAACCGUUGAAUUUGAAAGAUGAUCAAGUAAAAGAUGAUCAAGAAUCAACAACGAUGCAACUACCACCACCACACCAAGAACAAUCACAAGAAGAUCAAUUAGUAGACAAAUAUCAAGAGAAAAGAAAUGAGCUUAUGAUUAUUGAAACCAAACCUCAAAGACCUAUACAAGCAUUAGAAGUUUUAGAAGAAGAUGUUGAGGAUGAAAUACAAGAAUAG